AUGGCCCAACCGUUAACUCCACAACCAUUUCUUUCCCCGAACUCAUCCAUACCGUCGAACGCCGCUGCACUGUGGCAUUUCACCUCUUCGACUCGAACUUCGGGAUCCGGCGCAAAUACUCCCACUGGCAAUACCUAUCUCAUGCCCACCAGUCCGGCCAAGCAUGCGGCCGGCAUGAAGGAGGGCUCCAAACCCAAGAUUUCAAAGACGACCGGACAGAAACCAGCUUGUCUCGUCAAUGCAUCGGUUACCUACUGUGGAAAUGACCAGAUCUACGCUUUCGGCGGUUUCGACCAGUUCACGGAUGAAGUCUACAAUCACGUGCUGCGGCUAAACCUCAAGACGCUAAAUUGGGCUCUAGUGGAUAAUUAUGGAGACAUUCCCGGAGUCCGUAUGGGGCAUUCAGCAUCCCUCUACGAAGGCGACAAGCUGCUCGUCUAUGGUGGAGAGAAUGAACAUCGGGAGUAUCUGUCGGAUGUGGUCAUACUCAACCUGAAAGACCAUCAUUGGACCCAACCAGAUGUUCAAGGCCCCAUCCCCAAAGGCCGAGCCCGACAUGCUGCCGUUGUCUACGAAGACAAGUUGUUCGUCAUUGGUGGACUGACCGGCGAGGCGAACUACAUACUCGAUGAUAUUUGCUACUUGGAUCUCAAGACAUGGACGUGGUCAAAAACAUGGUCAUUUGUCCAGAGGUUUGAUCACAGUGCAUGGAUAUGGGGUGGCCGACUAUGGGUGCUCGGUGGACUCGGGGCGGAUAUGGAGCGCCCGUCAGAGAUUUGCUGGUUGGACCUCAAGGGAAGCCCUGCUCUAUCGGGUUCAGGCAGACAGUACUCCACCGUCGGCCGGAUUCCUUCUUCUAGACACGAUCCCUGGUUGCACCCUACCAGGGCUGACCGGAUUGACACAUACACGGCAAACUCAGGAAGCGUCCACAUUCGCUCCACCAGGCGGGAGAAGCCCACUGCCCCGGGUGCCAUAUCGACACUCAAGUUCGUUUCAGGUCCGCAUGUCCCACUACAGUCUUCGGGGACCCACUUCCACGUCUGCUCGUCUGGAGCUCUACUUGACUUUAUCACUCCAUCGUCAACGAUCCGUCAUAUCGAAUGCAACUUGUCAUCUCUAGAGCUGGACUCUUUGAGGUGGCAGAGGUUGGUAGAAGGUCCUGAGCUAUUCCAACCGGGGUACAAAUGGCAUUAUUGCACCAUCAACGAGGACGGCACCAAGGUCUGGCUCCUCGGCUCUCCUGGCGAUGAUACCGCCGGCGCUAACCAGGAGCUCCAAUUGAGUGAAGUCCUGGCCGUCGACCUGAAGCGAUACGGCUUGCUGGGCAACCUGGAUGCCACACUCUCGGAGCAGAACCGCAUCCUUGCCUCCGAACGCCAGACAACCCACGCAGUUGGGGGCGUCGCUUCUGGUCUUGGCUUCGACCUCGCCACCAUCUUCGACCAAGCCCCUGAAUCCGGCAGCAUGAGCGACUUCACCAUCACAGCCAACAACACCGAAGACGACGAUGACGCCAUCUCCGAAGCCGAUUCCCAGCUCCGCUUCUCCACUAACACGACUAGUAGUCAAGUCUUUGUGUCCGAGAACUCCCCGGUCUCCCAACCCAUCUAUGUGCACAAAAUGAUCCUACAAGCUCGCUGGCCACACUUCAAACGCCUGUACGCAUCCAAAAUGCUCGAGUACCAGACUUCCCGUCUGCACAUCCCGGAACCAUAUUCUGUCGUCCGUGCGUUCCUCUACUACCUUUACACCGACAGUAUCGCCCCGCACCCCGAAUUCUGCCGUGACCUAACAGACGUGGCCGGCAUGCUCGUUAUGGCGAACCUCUACGACAUGCCGAAGCUGCGCCUCCUGUGCGUGAACCGCCUGUCCCGCGAAAUUGACAUCGAGCACGCGGCCGUGAUCUGGGAGCGUGCCGGCCGCACCGAGGAAGACUGGCUCAAAGCCCGGGCUGCCCGGUUCUGCCUGAUGAAUUGGGGCCGCAUCGUGCGCACCGAGGGCUUCAGGUCUCUCAGCCGCACGAGCCUGAUGGAGCUUUGCGAGGUCGUAGGCAUGGAGGGCCGUGUCGUGGACGGAGAUGAAAUGGAAGAAGGCGAGGGUGGGAGCAUGCUUGGUGCGCCGGGCAGGUAUCGCCGCCGGAGUCACAGACCUAGCGGGGAGGCCGAGGAGACCGAGGGCGACGAUGAAGAUGGCAUGGAUAUGAAUUGA